AUGGGCCGUUCUACCCCCGUGGCCCGUUCUACACCCCGUCCAAAACUUUCCCGCAGCGUGUCCCCGCAAGAGUCCCUCGGUGGCACCCGCUGGAUCGUGGUCCAUUUCCACGAGUGGGUCCCAGCUGACAACAUCGACAUCAUGGAGGUCGUCGUGCUCGAGAAGAUGCGGAGCCGCGAGUAUCAAUGCUACACCGACGAACCUUACGAGGACUACUACACCUACAAAUUCGAGGUGAACAUCCCGGCUAAUGUGGAGUCAGAGAAGGGUUGCCAUAACACGGCUGCUAUACUCGCUUUAUUGUCAUCUUGA